AUGUCUGCAGAGGAUCCAUCUGUAACAGCACACACGCAACCUACCAAUGUGGACCAACAACAACCCCUAGAGGGCAUAAUACCGUCUCCCACAGGCAUCGAAGAAACGGCGACAAUGAAGGGUAAAGUAAGCUCUUUGGUCCAGAGUGCCAUGUCAAGCAAUCCUUAUUUUGCUGCAGGUGGUGGGCUGAUGAUUCUUGGUUCAGGUUUGGCACUUGCUCGAUCAGGGAUGAUCAAAUUGAGUGGUUUGAUAUAUCGACAGAUGAUUAUUGAUUUGGAGAUUCAAUCUCGGGAUAAAUCAUACUCGUGGUUCCUUACUUGGAUGUCAAAACACCCACAGAGGAUCUCUAAGCAUUUAUCAGUGAGGACAAAUUACAUUCAGCAUGAUAAUGGUUCCAUUAGUACCAAAUUUUCAUUGGUUCCUGGCCCAGGAAAUCAUUGGAUUAGAUAUAAGGGAGCCUUCAUCAUGAUUAAGAGGGAGAGGUCAGGGAAGAUGGUAGAUUUGAUUAAUAGUUCCCCCUAUGAGACAGUGACAUUGACUACAUUGUAUAGGGAUCGUCAUUUAUUUAAUGAAAUAUUGAAUGAGGCUAAAGACAUUGCCAUGAAGACUACUGAGGGUAAAACGGUAAUAUAUACUUCGUUUGGACCAGAAUGGAGAAAAUUCGGUCAACCCAAGAGUAAGAGAAUGCUGUCCUCUGUUGUGUUAGACAAAGGUGUCAAAGAAGGUAUAUUACAAGAUGUUGAAGAAUUCAGAGCAAAUGGGUCAUGGUAUGCAGACAGAGGUAUACCGUACAGAAGAGGUUAUUUAUUAUAUGGACCACCAGGAUCCGGUAAGACAAGUUUCAUACAAGCUAUGGCAGGUGAAUUGGAUUACAACAUUUGCAUUUUAAACCUUUCAGAAAAUAACUUGACAGACGAUAGAUUGAAUCACUUAAUGAAUAAUAUGCCCGAAAGAAGUAUUUUACUAUUAGAAGAUAUCGAUGCAGCAUUCACAACCAGGCAACAGACCACGGAAACCGGGUAUCAGUCACAUGUCACCUUUAGCGGACUAUUGAAUGCCCUCGAUGGGGUUACUUCAUCAGAAGAAACCAUAACUUUCAUGACGACGAACCACCCAGAGAAACUAGACCCAGCCAUUUUAAGACCGGGUAGAGUCGAUUACAAAGUGUUCAUUGACAAUGCCUCCAGUUAUCAAAUAGAGCACAUGUUCUUGAAGUUCUACCCUGGAGAAACGACGCUCUGUGAACAGUUUGUCGACACGGUACAGAAUCUGGGCCACGCUGUAAGUACAGCACAAUUACAAGGACUUUUCGUCAUGAACAAGGAUCAACCUGCUGCUGCAUUGAAGCAGGCUACGACGAUCCUAAGAGGAGUGGAUGCACCUUCAAAAGAUCAGCAUCAUCUUCACGAGAUCUCAUUUUGA